AUGGUAGCUGGUCCUCAACCUCAAUCAUCAAUAGCUAUUAAAAACUUGGAAUAUCAAUCAAUGAUUCAAAUGAAAAAGAGUAAUUUAAAACAAUAGGUUGCCACAGAGACCUCAAGAGGAAUAUUAUUUGGAUUAGCUGACAGAUAAUAGUAUGCAUUUUGA